GAAAAACUUCGUGAUGGAGUCAAGGAGAAGAAGGCCAGGUAAUGCAGCAGGAAGCCGAGCUCAAUUUGCAUGCUUUUGAUGAGCUGAUCACCUUUCUGCCAUCUUUCAGAUCUGGCAAGGCAAUGCGGCCAAUGGCAUCUGCGCCUGUUGGCCGCUGCAGCUCUGUUCCUUUCCCUGCCGCCGCCAGCUCUGUCAUUUCGCCUCCCCUCCCGCCUUGCAAGACGGUCGCAGCGCACAGCGACUGCAUCUUCACCGCCGGACAUGCAGCCCCGGCGAGAGCACUUCGAUAGCGCCGCCCGUGCACUACUGCCUCUUGCCGUCGCGCCCUUCCUGACAUCCCCUCUCCCCGCCUCUGCUGAGCCGUUCGACAAGCAGAAUAAGCUCCUGAAGGUGGCCGGCCUGCCGCCGGUCAAGCCGGAUGACGUGCCCAAGGGAUUCAAUCUGCUGGUGGACGUGCUGGAUCAGUCGGAGAUCUACGGCAGGGUCCGCGAGCGGGACCCCGUGAUUGUGCAGUUCGUCUACCCGUCUUCGUGGCUGGUCGUUCGGCCUGUGGUGGACAAGAAUGGGCAGAGCGGCACGAUCACCGCAGGCAACCAGAAGACGGAAACAGCUGCUCUGUUCGUGGUGCCUAACGACACCGGCGCGAAGGGCAAACUCAAAGACCAACCGGUGAGUAUAUUAUGGAGCGAGGGAAGGCGCAGCACGGUGACGUGACUGUGCCACAUGCCAUCAUUGCGUUUGGUUGUGUGUGUUGUGUGUGUUGUGUUGUGUUGUGUAGAUGAGUUUCUGGGAGGGUUUGGUUGGCCGCUGGAUAUCUCAGAAGGGCGAGACGAGCAGCGGCCUGAAGAUCCUCAGCAAGUAUGCGGCCGAGGCGUCUUCCAGCGAUGAGUACAUGGUCGUCAACUACCGAUAUGAGCUGGCCACGGGCGCGGGAUUCACAGUAUACAGGUACGACGGACGGACGAGCCACAGAACACACACACAAGGGCGCUCGCACUUGUGUCUGUCUUUCUGUCUGUCUGUCUGUCUGUCUAUCUGUGUGUGUGGGUGCGGUGCAGACGUGGUGUUGGUGCGGUGACGACGACAGACAAGUCGGUGGAGUGUCUGUUCACGGCCACGACGGAGGAGAAGUUCCGCAAGGUGGGCCCCACACUGCAGAAGAUCGUCGACUCGUUCCGUUGCUACCAAGACAGAGAGGCCAUCAAGGGCGCAAGGCUCAACAAGUCAGCCGUCAAGAAAGCUUAGCUUGACGAACGACAGACCAACGGUCCGCCCGAUGGGGCUGAUCAGACCAGACCGAUGGACGCUUCACGAAGUGAUUGCAUAGCAUGGAUGCGUGUGUUGUGUUGGUUGUGUUGAGCGGGAGUGAUUUUUCUUCCAUACCCUACGUGAGGGGGUGCGUGUGUCAGUCAUCUGCACCAGGUUGAGCAGAUGGCGAGAUGGAUGGAUGGAUGGAUGGGCACACGGGAGUGCCGUUUGGAGAGAGGGACGGGUGGAGUGGUGCGCCGGGGGCAUCCAUGGAGUGGGUGGACAAAUCACUCCAUCCAGCAGCGAGGUCAGAGAGAGACACAUUUAGGACGACCAACGACAGACAGACAGGAGAUGAAGAUGAAACUGUGGAUCCGAUUCAUAUGCCUCCCGAAAC